AUGCAGCAUGCUGUGCUGCUGAUGCCCCGAGUUCUGACGGAGAGCCCUGGGCUGAGUGGUCACACCCUUGAAAUUGGCAACAUUCAAGUGUUCCAGGCUCCUCAGCCUGACUCUACCAUUUCUCUUCCCUGGACCCAGGAAGCAUAUACAGAAUACCUGAGAAGCAUUCAUUACAUCUCCCAGGUGUUACUGGAGGAAGUGGAAACCACUAAAGCCGGGGAAACUGUGCCCCCUGAUACCUCAAAGAUGCUGAAGCUUGCUGAGCAGUGUCUGGAGAGGGCCCAGUCAACAGCUGCCAAGCUUGGGAAAACACUCCUGAAGCCAGCCAUGCCUGCGGCUACUCCAGUGCCCUCAUCCACCAGCCGACACCGCCGGGUAUACUCAGAUGAAGGAGGGAAGCUCUCUCCUUUUCUGCCACCUGAAAUUUUCCAGAAGCUUCAGGUGGUAGAGUCGCAAAGCUCUAAGAAAGAGCUGACACCCCUGGAGGAGGCCUCACUGCAGAACCAGAAGCUGAAGGCCGCAUACGAGGCCCGGAUGGCCCGUCUGGAUCCCAGCCAGGCCAUGCAGAAGACAUCCCUGACCCUCUCUCUGCAGCGGCAAAUGAUGGAGAACCUGGGGAUCGCCAAAGCCCGGGAGCAGACACUCCAGCGGAAGAUGGAAGAGCGCCGGCUGCGGCUCCAGGAGGCCGCCAACAGGAGGUUCUGUAGUCAGGUUGCCCUGACCCCGGAAGAGCGGGAGCAGCGGACCCUCUACGCCGCUAUCCUUGAGUACGAGCAAGACCAUGACUGGCCGAAGCACUGGAGGGCUAAGCUCAAGAGGAGCCCAGGGGACCUGUCGCUGGUGACCAACCUGGUCUCCCACCUGCUCAGCCUUCCUGACCACCCGAUCACGCAGCUGCUGAAGAAGCUCCAGUGUGCAGUGUACAGUGCACUAUACCCCAUCGUGAGCAGGGGUGCUGCCAGCAGCACGUCUGCCCCGGACUGCUGCUCCCUGCCCCCGGAUGCUGAUGGGCUGCUGGCUCCUGGGAGCAGGCGGCUCCGGUCCUCGCAGAGCCUCUACUGCAUGCUCUCUCCGCCAGAGCCCGGCACGGCCCUGCAGCCCCAGGACAGACCCCCUGUGGCCUCCCCCUUACCCCUGCUACACCCCGGCUCUCCGGAUAUAGGGGCAGACAGCAGACCCACAGGACUUCCCUCACCCCUGGUGGAUGCCUCCUCCCUCCUGACAGAUAAGGACAGCUCCUUUGAGGACCUGGAACAGUUUUUGGCUACGUCUGAGAGGUGGGGUCGGGGUCUUGGGGGGCAGCCCGAGCCACAGACCCCAGGGGUGAAGAGGGAGCCUUUGCUGGAGUGGCUGAGGAGCACCGUGAAGGACAUACACAAUGCUGUCGACAGGCUGCUCUCACUGACCCUCCUGGCCUUUGAAAGCCUAAACACAGCUGCCUCCAGGGACCGCUGCCUGGCGUGCAUCGAGGAGCCCUUCUUCUCCCCGCUGUGGCCUCUGCUGCUGGCGCUCUACAGGAGUGUGCACCGAGCCCGGGAGGCCACCCUGAGCAGGAGCAUGGAGCUCUACAGGAAUGCACCCCCCACAGCCAUUGGCAUCCCCCCCAAGCUCCUCCCCCAGGACCCUGAGGCCAAGGGGGCUGGUGUCUACCCCUACUGCACGGCAGCCCAGGAGCUGGGACUGCUGGUCCUGGAGAGCUGCCCCCAAAAGAAGCUGGAGUGCAUCGUGCGGACCCUGCGGGUCAUCUGUGUCUGUGCAGAAGACUACUGCCACGCCCAGGAAGCUGUAGCCGAGGCUGGGCCCCAGCCUGGAGCCCCUGCUGCCAUAGGCGCCGACGACCUGCUGCCCAUCCUGUCCUUCGUGGUGCUGAGGAGUGGCCUCCCCCAGCUGGUGUCGGAGUGCGCGGCCCUGGAGGAGUUCAUCCACGAGGGGUACCUGAUUGGAGAAGAGGGUUACUGCCUGACAUCACUGCAGAGUGCCCUGAGCUACGUGGAGCUACUGCCCCGAGGCGCCCUGGGCAAGUAGUGGAGGUCAGACCCUAGGGUUCCUGAAGGUUCAGACCUCCCAGGGCCGUCCUUCCUGCACCAUGGAGCCACAGGACCCUCUGAGGACUGUCCAGGAGCUUCAUGCUGCCCAGCACACUUGGUGCUGGGGCCCUUGGGGAGGCGGGCCAACUGUGGGGGGGACUCUCCAACUCUUGCCCAAUUCCUAACCCACAUCUGCCCUCGGGCUUGAGCCGGCAUCUGCUCCUGAUAGGAUGUGGCCAAAUCAAUUCCUAGGAACCAGGCCCUUCUCUCGUUUGUGCCAGCUCUGAGAAGCCCCUAAAAAAUGAGCCACAAGCUCCCCUGGGGCCCCCCAACAGGGACACUGGGGUGGCCCCUGGGGGGCAUCAGGGCAGAGUGGGGGCUGUGAGCCAGCUGACAGCAGUGGUCUGAUUUCUCUCCCCUCCCAUCCCCUGGGACUGUCUAGGCUCCUCUGAGCCAGUCUCUCACUGGAGUCGAGAAAGAGCGUGGCCUGGGCCUGGUUGGUGGGAGACUGUGCUGCUUACUACAGGGAGGGCCUCCCCUGCCCAUCCUCCCACCUGGGCCCAGAACAGUCUCUGCUCCUGGCUUACCUGGGCCAUGGGCACUGGAUAUUCCAGAACCCCCGGCCAACUCCCGCUCCCUGCACAUCCUCUCCCAGCUCAGCGUGAGCCCCAGGAUCAGCACCCUCAACUGUUACGUGCCCCUGUGCGGCCACCAACCCAUCUGAAAUAAAGGGGUCCUGCUGUC